ACAAAAAAAGUUGGGCCGGAUUUUCUCCCCUCGGCCUCUUCGUCUACCCGUCGCUUCCGCUUGGACUCCGACCAGUGGAGGGCAACCAGCCGCCGCCGCCGGCCGCCGUCUCGUCUUGGGAUCGCACGCGGCGCGGAAGAGGUAGGGUGGUUGCUAGUGAGGAGGGAGGUGGUUGGAGGAGGAUGAGCGAGGGGAGGCCGGUGCCGAGGAGGGAGAGCCCAUGGGGCUUGCCGGAGGGGGACAAGCGGGAGCCCAAGGCGCACCGCUGCAACGACCGCGCCGAGGACGUCGUCCAGGCUUGCUUUGAGGGGAAUCCUUUCAAGACAGUUCCAGGUCCAUUCAAGCUCUUUUGGCAAUGCAUGCGUUCGAAACCUGGGGAGGAGCCAACGGAGCCGUAUACUUACCUGCAGCUGGAUCCUCCCAAGAGAGCGGAAGUCAAGCUAGAGUAAACAGCACCUAAGUCGUCCACAAGAGUGUUUAGUUUAUUUCAUAGUGGUUUGCCUUCAAAACAACGCCUUUAUCUCCUAGGGACCAUGUUGUGCACAAUGCCUUAUGUUUGCAUAUUCAAGAAUAAAAAUUUGACAAUCCUGAUCCAGAGUAAUGCCUUAUGUUUGCAUGUUUGAAAUUGCUGUUGCUGAUGUAAGAAUUCCCUCCCGAUAGAAUGAUACCUGCACUUUCAAGAUGAGUUACUCAGGGCCAAAAGAGUAAAAGGCCCUGCUCAACUUACUAUUUUUUUGACCCCACGAAAAAGAGUGAAAUGGCUUCUGAAACAGGUUCACU